UUUGCCACGAAGUUGCAUGAGCUCUGCAGGAUGAUGAUGUAUUCCCGUCAUUUUUGGCUGAACCAAAAUCUCAGGCCUCGUCCUCUGCGACCUAACGCUGCUGAAGCCUCGAGGGCGGGGAUGAUGAGCAUCUCAUGAUCCACGCCGUGAGGGCACGGACUCCACUUUCCUCCCGGUUAGUUUGAUCUCAAAGGACAUCUCACAGCAAUGGAGUGAAAGCCCCAUGCAGCUUCCACGAAAGCGACACGCAUGGCUGGCCACACUUGCUUGCCUCCUUUACCUUCCCCUCGUGAACCAGGCGCCAAGCAAAAGCUUACACCUUCCUUCCUCUGUACCUCAUUUAGCCGGCGUCCAUGGCAACUUCCUCCCCUGUAACCUUUUUCUUCUCGGCUUUCGUAUGCGUGGGAGUAUAUAUAGGGAUGGCCGCCUCCGCUGCUGUCACUGUAUCGGAAAGGGCAUGGCGGCGGCAAGGGAUUCGAUGGGAUUCCAGGACUUCCUGCCGAGGAUGGCGGAGCGGCUGGGGGCGGAGGGGCUGAUGGAGGAGCUGUGCAAGGGGUUCAAGCUGCUGAUGGAUCCGGAGAGGGGGGUGAUCACGUCCGAGAGCCUGAGGCGGAACGUGGCGGCGUUGGGGCUGGUGGGGCUGGGAGACGACGAGCUGAUGGGAAUGGUGAGGGAGGGGGACCUCAACGGGGACGGCGUGUUGGACCAGAUGGAGUUCUGCGUGCUCAUGGUCAGAUUGAGUCCGGAGCUCAUCGAAGGCUCUCUCCCUGACGUCUUCAAUUCUUCCCCUACUCUGUAGCUGCCUCGACUCUCUUUCUUGACGCACCGCACCAGGACUAGUUGUAGCUCGUCUUCUUCUUCCUCCUCUUCUGCCUUCUCUUCUCCUCCUGUUACAUGAUCAUGUUGCAGCUGGGCAA